AUACAUCAAAUUUCAGAAAAGUAAAUAAAUAAAAUAGCAACAAAAUGAGUUCGGGGCCUAUGCGCACGCCCGUUUCGCAGAUCAUCCACAACAAGGAUGAUCAGGAUGCCGACGAGGAACCAAAGAAGAAGUCGCGCGAAGACUGGCGCAAGGCUAAGGAGCUUGAGGAGGCCCGAAAGGCCGGUACAGCUCCAGCUGCCGUUGACGAAGAGGGUCGCGACAUCAAUCCGCACAUUCCCCAAUAUAUUUCGAAUGCCCCCUGGUACUAUGGAUCCCAGGGCCCCACGCUGAAGCACCAGCGGCCACAGCAUGAGGACGAACGGGGCCAGCUUGACAAACGUGGACCGAAGGGUCUGGACACUACACGGAUUGUUACCAAAUUCCGGAAAGGUGCUUGCGAGAACUGUGGUGCCCUUACACAUAAGCGGAAGGACUGCUUGGAGAGACCCCGUAAGGUGCAGGCUAAAUAUGCAGAGUCUAUCCUUGUACAUGACGAGCAUCUGGUUAACGAUGAAGCUGUUAACUACGAUGAGAAGCGGGAUCGCUGGAGUAGCUAUGAUCCUGCUAACCACCGGGAGAUCAUCGAGGAGUACGAGAAGGUAGAGGAGGCCAAACGACAACUGAAAGCCGAGAAACUCAAGAAUGAUCCUGAUGCCGAAAUAUCCGACGAGGAAGGUAACGAGGACAAGUAUGUAGACGAAGUUGAUAUGCCUGGCACCAAGGUGGACUCCAAACAGCGUAUCACAGUGCGAAACUUGCGAAUUCGCGAGGACACAGCGAAAUAUCUGAGAAACUUGGACCCUAACUCUGCAUAUUACGAUCCCAAAACGCGCUCCAUGCGUGAUAAUCCCAAUCCACAAGUUCCUGCAGAAGAGGCUGAGUUUGCUGGCGAAAACUUUGUACGUUUCUCAGGAGACACCACAGCGCAGGCGACCGCCCAGCUAUUUGCCUGGGAAGCGCAUGGUAAGGGAGUCGAUGUACAUCUGCUGGCAGAACCCACCAAGUUGGAGUUGCUCCAAAAAGAGUAUGAGCAAAAGAAAGAACAGUUCAAGUCAAGUACAAAAACACACAUUGUGGAGAAAUACGGCGGUGAGGAGCAUCUGCAGGUGCCUCCCAAGUCGCUUCUGCUCGCACAGACGGAGGAGUAUAUCGAGUAUUCCCGCAGUGGCAAGGUUAUUAAAGGCGUGGAGAAACCAAAAGCGCGUAGUAUCUACGAAGAGGAUGUUUACAUCAACAACCACACAACAGUUUGGGGAAGCUUUUGGAAUGCCGGUCGUUGGGGCUACAAAUGCUGCAAGUCCUUCAUCAAGAACUCAUACUGCGUGGGCAUGCAGGAACCUGAGGGUUAUUCAGAAGCACAUCCCACAAGCUCCACAUCGGUAGCUGCACCAGAAGCCACUCAUAUUCCACCUAGAUUGACAGAAAAUACUCCCGAAAAGCCCGCCUCCGAAGUAGACUCAGCGCCAAGUUCGGAAUCUUCGUCCUCCGAGGAAGAGGUGAAGCCUGAGAAAAAGAAGUCUAAGAAGAAAUCGAAGAAGGGCGAAAAGAAGAAGAAGGCCAAGGAGCAGCGAAAGCAGAAAGAAAAGCACAAGGAGAAGGAAAAGAAAAAUAUCAUUUCAGAGGAGCUGGACGACCGCAAGCGACCUUACAACAGCAUGUAUGAUGUAAAGGCACCCACAGAGGACGAAAUCGAAGAGUGGAAAAAGAAGCGUCCUCGUGCAGAAGAUCCCAUGCUCCAAUUUAUGUAGACAAACUAUUAAAAUUAAUAAAUUUUAUAAAAUUGUAAAG